AUGUCUAGACCUAUUGCUGAUGAUAUUCCAAAGGAAAAAAAGUCAAUCCCGCGGUUUGCCAGCUUCAAACCUCCUCCAGCUCCUCCGCCGCAAGCUGAUCGGCCUCCCGAACGCCGCAGUCGCGAGAUCGCCCACCGCGAUGAAAGGUCCAGCCAACGUUCAAGGCACAGAAGCCAUCGCGAUCGCUCUCGAUCCAGGGAGCGACGGAAAGGACGUCGGGAAUAUCGUCAUUCGCAUAGGAGGGAUGUCCGUCUCAGCAGGGAAAUUACCCCCGAACCAUUGCCGGUGCCGAAGGCUGCCGUGAGGGAGUUGAAGGAUGCAGCAUCGGAUUUAUAUGUCGUGGACCUCAAAGGUGACAGGCAUAACCUAUUCUAUGGCACACUACAUCGAUACAGUGUUCCCAAGUACCACCGGGUGGGUCGAGGGAACGUGCUUGGGCUUCCUCGAAGCUACAAAAUCGACCGAGAUACAGCAGAAGGGGACGCUCUUGUCCUGAGGAAGGACGCUUGGCGUACAGAUGCAACGAGGUCCAAAGCGAAGAGUGUACUGUCAGGAUUGGGUAAACAGAAAACCAAGCUUCUGCGCGUGCGACAACAGUCUACUUCGGAUGCGGCAGUCGAAGCCUCAAGAGACUUCCUGCCGUUCCCCACGUCUGCAAGGCAAAAGUUCAGAGCAAACUUAGGAGAGUACGACUCAGAUAACGAGAAACAUGGUUACCGUUCGAUUCAUGGGAAAGCCAAGCCUGAGGAUGACCUUCCUAGCGAUUUGGAGGUAGUGUCAGAUACGGACUCGGAGGAUGAAGCCCAUCGCGUUGACCCUGAUGAGGAAAUCAGGAAACUUAACGCAGAAUUGUCUCGAAAUGCUGAACGAAAUCCCUCCGAUAUCGACGCAUGGCUCCGGCUCAUCGAUCACCAGGAUUCGCUUCUCAGGGGCGCUGGGAAAGAAUCUCGCUCUUUGACCUACGCAGAAAGGAAGAGCUUGGCGGAUAUCAAAGUCUCCCUAUACGAAAAGACAUUGAAGAGAGCAGGGCAGAGUCCAGCUAAAGAUCGCCUCUUAAUAGGUUUGCUGGAAGAAGGCGCAAAGCUGUGGGAUACCAAGAAGCUUUCAGCCCAAUGGCAGGCCGUAUUGAAGUCGAAUUCCCAAUUUGUCAGUCUCUGGGUUAGGUAUCUCGAUUUUCGACAAACCGAAUUUCUUGAUUUCACCUAUGAAAGAUGUAUGGCUACUUUCAUUGAUUGUCUGAGAUUGAACAGGUCUAGUCCCGAGGGCGCUGAGAAGGUUCAAGUUCACAACUACCUCUUUCUACGCUUAACACUGUUCAUUCGAGAAUCAGGGUUUUCAGAACAUGCUGUUGGUCUCUGGCAAGCUAUCCUGGAAUGGACUUUCUUUCAGCCGGAAUUUGAUCUGAGCAACGACCAAAACAAAGCACUGUCGGCCUUCAUUGAAUUUUGGGAGUCAGAAGUCGCUCGCAUUGGAGAGGUUGGUGCAAAGGGCUGGAAAAGUGGGAGCAGUAGCUCUAUAGAGCCCAGGGAGUUUACCGCAGUAAACCGCAUUAACCUGAAAUCUAUAUUUGCAUCGUGGGUAACAUGCGAAAGAGAACGAGUCCUCAAUGCUCGAGUACCUGCCCGUAGCUUGGAUGAAUCAGACGACAACGACCCUUAUCGUGUGGUAAUUUCAUCUGAUCUUCAAGACUACCUAUCCCUUUUCUGGGGAUUCGACUCUGGCGAUGUGCUGAUCGACAGCUUCUUGUAUUUCUGCCACCUUCCUCCUUUGACUUCUCCCGAAAAUGCGGAGACGACAAGUCGCUGGGCCGGGGAUGCCUUCUUGAGCAAUGACUUGAUGGGCAAUCCAGACGCUGCACUCGAUGACUGGCUUCCAAAUAUGGAUUCAAGAUCAGAGGAAACUUCUGCGCUCUCUCCAACCUCUUUCCCUCUUCAGAAUUACAUUCAUACGUUGGAUACCUAUUUCGCGGAUUCCCAAUCAUGGUUCUCAUCUUUCAAACCGUGGAUUAAAGCCACCUUGCAUGGUCGAUCUGAAAUCGACAACGACUGGGUUCGGAGAACGCUCCGGUUAUUAGUCGAGGCAAACCCGGCGAACGAAGACCUCGCCGAGUACACACUUGCCGUGGAAUUUGCGUGCAAUGGCAAGGAGGCCAGGAAAUAUGCCAAGUCAUUGCUUAAGAAAAGAUCAACGAGUUUGCGACUUUACAAUUCUUACGCAUUGAUAGAACGCCGCUCUGGAAAUCAUACGGCCGCUGAUCAUGUCUGGGCGACUUCUCUUUCCAUGAGCCAGACCUUUGCAGACCGCGACAGGACGGGCAGUGGUCUUCUCUGGCGUACAUGGAUCUGGGAAGCAUUGGAAACUCGAGACAUGGCUCGGGCGUGCCGCCUCCUGAUCUCUAUACCUCAGCACAGUGUUGACCUCAAGUCUUUCCCCGAAGCCUCAACUCAAACAGCUUUCAGUCCAACUAACUUGCUCAAGAUACGCAGUUUUUUGACAGAAGCCCAAGAGAACACGCUAGCUACUAGAAAACCGAAAGUGUUCGUGGCAUACACAGACUGUCUAGCUCUAGUCUCGUAUCUUUCAAACUCCCUGGAUUUGAACAAGGCUCUCGACACGUAUGCUACAGCAAUCAGCAGAUUAUCCUCACUACCUGUGAACGCUCAAUCUUUCAAGCCCUUUACUUUGGAGCUUUUACACCAAGCCCGAUCAAAACUAAUCUACUACCACAUCCAAACAAGUGGUGUGUACAAGCCAUAUCACAUUCGCACUCUCCUGGCAGAAAGCAUAUCCCUAUUUCCCCAUAACACCAUAUUUCUCUCCUUAUUCGCCUGGAACGAAUCUCGAUUCCGCAUCGAAGAACGCGUCAGGGACGUCAUCAGAGACAUAACCACUCAAACUCCUUCCCGAAACGAUCACCAAAAGGUCCCAGUCACCUCACACCUUUUUUCAAUCUACACCGAACUGACCCGCCCCGUCUACGCCGGCUCAACCCUCCACUCCGUCCGCGCCGCCUUCGAAAAAGCAAUCGGCUCACCGACUCCCUCAUCCUCCUCAUCCACCCAAGCCAGCCGCACAACCAACGACAACUCAACAGCCCACUCCAACCUCUCCCUCUGGAAACUCUACAUCCUCUUCGAGCUCUCCCGAAACGACAUCCAACGCGCCAAGGACGUUUUCUACCGCGGCAUGCGCGCCUGUCCCUGGUCCAAGGAACUCAUCAUGCUCGCAUUUACCCAUCUCCGUGCUGACAUCGUGCGCGAUCGAUACGGCGGCGACGUUCCAAGGAAGGGCGACGGAAUGGGCUUUGAUGAACUGCGUCGUGUGUAUAAUGUUUUGGUGGAGAAGGAGUUGAGAGUCCAUGUGGAUAUUGAGAAUGAGUUGGAUGAAAUGGUGGCUAAUAUGCAAGUUACUACUACUUCGUCGGGGAUACCGAUUCAUAUGCCUGAUGAUGCGGAGAGUGAGGAUGAAAAGAUGCGUUGA